AUGCGAACCAAACGCGUUUCCAUGGACUUUAGGCACCUUGUCACCAACCACGCACAUGCCGAGGCCAAUAGAAACAGCAAGCGGAAGCCUGUCUUUUCCACGACCUGCGGCGACGAGUCUGUUGGCAGUGCUGACUGUGAGCACAGGAGCCGCCUCCUGCAGGCCAGCAAAUUGGACUCCAGAGACGGCGCACCACCUGCCUUCAUUUACAAUUUACCCCUGCAACCCGUCAAGCUGUCCAAUCCUGCUGCACUAAAUGCUAUCCCGGUGAAACUGCCCAAAUGUUCCGUCCACGCCGGGAUGCAGGGUGUAUCAAUGACCCUGGAUAGGAUCCCCAGGUCCGUGGAGCGCCGUCGAAUGGCCCUGCCGGCACAGCUUUCACCUCUGGUGCAAAGUGGGGAUGUGUUAGCAACUAUUACCACCAAUAGCAGUAUUGCCGCUGAUACUCAGACAACUACUUUUGAUGUUCGACGCACACGUCAUCCCAUGUGGCCUAUCUACGAAGUCAUGAGCAGUCAUGUGCUGUCGACUCCAGUGACUACAGCCAAUUCUGCGGAAGUCUUCACAACGGACGUGGUUUAG